AUGCCUAGAAAUACCCAUCUUACAAGAGAACCCACGAAAUGCAUAGUAUACCACUCCAAGCUUAAAUGUAAGAUUCCAUCUUCAUCUCGAGCCUUGGAGUCCUUUCAUGAAGAGAUCAUUGUGUCGGUUAAUGACUGCGAGGAACGUUGUAAAACACAGUCGAGUCGUCCUCCUCCUCCCUCUACUCCUCCAAGUCCUAUUCAUCCUUUUCCUCCUACUCCUAUUCCUACUCCAACUCCUCCUCCUCCGCCUCUGUCUCCUACUCCUUCUCCAAGUCCUAUUCCUCCUCCUCCUCUUAUUUCUACUCCUACUCCUACUCCUCCAAGUCCUAUUGCUCCCCCUCCUCCUCCUAUUCCUCCUCCGCCUCCUACUCCUUCUCCAAGUCCUAUUCCUCCUCCUACUCCUACUCUUCUUCCUCCUCCUCCACCUCCAACCCCUCCUUCGUCUCCUACUCCUUCUCCUAUUCCUCCUCCUCCUCCUACUCUUCUUCCUUCUCCUCCUCCUCCUCCUACUCUUCUUCCUUCUCCUUCUCCUCCUCUGUGA